AACCGGCGUAUACUGGGCCGUUUCCCCCAGACGUGCGGUCUAGCUCUAGUGCCACACUCACUACGGUCUUUACCUACCUGCGCCAGAGGGUGCAUUCCAUUCUUUUGGCGGAAUGAAGCUUCCCUUACUUUCUUUGGCUCUUACAGCCGUCAGCGUAGGUGCUACGGUACCUUUGUCUAGCGUUCAAAGGACUACUACUUCACCGAACAAUGCUUUGGCGGGGGAAUAUAUUGUAGAGAUGAAUAAUGUGCAGGGAUUGGGAGGCAAGAGAGCUUACGCUUCAACACAUGACACCCUAUACCGAUCCCUUCGCAAGAGGGGUAUCUCUUUCGAUGUGAAGAAAGAGUAUAAUCAACCCGGUAUCAUGGUCGGGGCUGCCCUGAAAGUCGCAUCUCCUCAGGAUGUGCAACAAAUAGCGACCAUGGCAGAGGUCAAGGCCAUCCGACCGGUUAUUGCUGUGCCAGCCCCCGAGCGUAUCAAUCAAUUCACGGUAUCCUCGCCGAAUGAUUCGCGCAUCACUGCCGACUCCGAGACCACCCACAUUAUGACUGGUGUAGACAAAGUGCAUGCUGCAGGGAUCACCGGCGAAGGAAUCAAGAUCGGGAUCAUCGACACUGGUAUCGAUUACAACCAUCCUCUGCUGGGUGCGGGCUUUGGCCCGGGCUUCAAGGUAAUUGGAGGGUACGAUUUCGUGGGUGAUGAUUAUACCGGGUCCAACAACCCUGCUCCUGAUGAUGACCCUCUUGACAACUGCAACGGGCAUGGAACUCACGUAGCAGGCAUCAUCGGCGCCAACCCAGGAAACGACUUCGGUAUCAGCGGCGUCGCAUACGGCUCUUCCAUCGCAUCCUACAGGGUGUUUGGCUGCAGCGGCUUCGUUAGCGACGACAUUAUCAUUGACGCUCUCCUGCGUGGCUAUAGUGACGGUAUGGACAUCCUGACCCUUUCCCUGGGUGGCGUCGAGGGCUGGACCGAGUCCUCCUCCUCCGUCGUCGCGAGCAGGAUCGCAGACCAGGGAAGGGUGGUUACCAUCGCUGCUGGAAACGACGGUGCGUAUGGGAGCUGGUACGCUUCCAGCCCUGGGACUGGGGUGGAUGUCAUCUCCGUGGCUAGUGUCAACAACAUCGCGAUUCCAGUGCAGAACGCGACUGUGCAAGGCGUUGAGCAUGCGCCUAUUCCCUACCUGGAGGCACUGCCGCUCAACGUUACUGGAAGCCGUCCGAUCUACGCUACCUCGACGGACACCACUGUCGCUGACGAUGCAUGCAACGCUCUUCCCAACGACACGCCUGACCUGAGCGGCUAUGUCGUUGUUAUCAAGCGCGGAACCUGCACUUUCGUGACUAAGCUGCAGAACGCAGCUGCUAAGGGCGCCAAUACGUUCUUGAUCUAUAACAACGGCGGAAGCUUUUCAGCUAUUUCGGUCGGGGAUUAUACCGCUGCACUCAUCUCGGAGACAGAUGGCACUUUCCUUGUCAACCAAUUCGCUGCUAAGGCCAACAUCACUAUCUCCUUCCCUCAGUCGGGAUCAGCAUGGAACUACCCCGAUGACGUAUCUGGAGGAUUGGUUUCGGACUUCUCGAGCUACGGGCCUUCGUACGACAUGUACUUCAAGCCUGCUGUAGCGGCGCCGGGAGGUAACAUUCUCUCCACCCUGCCCAUCGCGCUCGGCUCCUACGGCGUCGAAUCGGGUACCUCGAUGGCUACGCCCUUCACUGCGGGCAGCGCCGCGCUUAUUCUCCAAGCGAAAGGCAAAUCUGUUGCUAAGUCCAUUCGGAACCUGUUCCAGACCACCGCGUCGGCCGUCGCAUCGAGCAAGACAGAUGGCGAUCCGCUUCAGACGGUCUCCCAGCAGGGCGCUGGGCUGAUCCAGGUGGACAGGGCAAUCGGCACGACCACUGUCGUAUCCCCAGGACAGCUGACGUUGAAUGAUACAGCACACUUUGAGGGCUUUAAAACCUUCAAUAUCCAGAAUACGGGAUCUAAGGCUGUGACAUACAAGAUCUCGCAUGUCCCGGCUGGAACAGCGGCUUCUGUACAAUCUGGAAGCAUAUUCGCCGCGGACGGUCCUGUCCCGCUCACCGCUGACUAUGCACAGGUUACCUUCAGCUUGAACAAAGUGACCGUACUGCCCGGCGUCAGUGUCCCAAUCCUCGUGUGGUUCAAGCCCCCGCAGGGAGUCGACGCCUCCACGUACCCUGUGUAUUCAGGUUUCAUCGAGAUCGCCGGCCUUGGUGAGACGUUGCGGGUGGCGUAUCUCGGUGUGGCCGCAUCUCUUAAGGACAAAGCCGUCGUCGACAACACCGAUGAGUAUUUCGGAGUAAAGAUACCUGCGCUUUUGGAUGCCUCGGGUGAUGUUCAGGGAAAUAGCACCAAUUAUACUUUGGUGGGAGAUGACGUUCCGUCCCUUCUGUAUAGGUUUGCUUUCGGGUCCGCACAUGUACGAGUCGACCUAGUCGAGAAGGCCUCGACGGUGUCGGCUACUUUGAGCAAGCGCAACUGGUGGAACUGGUGGUGGCCGCAGAAGCCAUCCAACUCCUAUGACAAAGUACCUAUUGUGGGCACACUCGCCGAAUACGACUACGUCCCGCGAAAUUCGGAUGCAUCUACUAUCGAUGACAAUGGCUACAACGUCUUUCAGUUCACUGACUCUUUCGUGAAUGGUACCAAGAUAGCCGCAGGAGAGUAUAAGGUCCUGCUGAGGGCUUUGAAGGUGACUGGGAACCCUGCUGAGGAGGGCGACUAUGAGACUUGGUUGAGCCCUUCUUUCAGUGUAGUUCCUGCGUAACGUACUUGUUCUUGUCACACAAUCCAUCUGCGCCUCUUAAGGACCUCCAUUACGAGUCAGGAAUCCAGACUCGAAAAAAGCCUGUCUCUCCUCUUUGGUUUAACUGUCCCUGAC